AUGUCCGGCAUGGCGUCCAUGUCCUUCCUGCUGCUCUUGCUGUCUGGAGUCGUUGUGAACGCCUUGCGUGAGACUCGUGCGCAGGAACACCAAAGCAGCGGCGGCACUUGGUUCAGCAAAUGCCGAUCUUCCAAGUGCAGCAACCAGACCUUUGAUGUGGGGGGCGAGGACGGUGGAAGCAUUCAGCUUCAAGAUUGCGAGGUGCGCUUGCACGAGCCAGUCGAAAUCGGUGGCACAGAUAUGUGCGAGGAGACGUGUUCUGUGCCCUACUCCGGCGAAACAAAGAGUGUCAAAGUCGUGCGGGAAAGUGGACAUGGAGAACAGCAGUGCCGCUUCCAGGAAGCCCAUGGUUUCUGCACUGGCAAAUGCUGCACGGCCAAAUGCAGCAACCAAGCCUAUGAGCCCAAAGCAGACGGUAUCACGUGGCAGUUCACAGAUUGCCGGCCGGCAGGCGAGGGAAGCCAGAGUCUGAUGCGUGUCUAUAAGGGUGACCUUCAUGGAGAGUUCCCCACCUGCGCAGAGACGUGCACCGUGCUUCAUUCCGGAGAGCAAGUCGAGGUCCUCAGACUCAGUGGGCUGGUAAGCCCCAAGCAGCCACACUGCGAGCUUAAGGAGCCGGGCUUGCAAGAAACGGCCAUGGAAUUCGUCGACCAGCUUGAGAAGAAAGCCCUGACCAUCACGAAUGGCAAGUGGUCCUUACUGCCACUGAUGAGGGGCGACGUCGUCGCCAGUUUCCUGAAGCAGGUGGAGCGGGGGGUCCUGAAGCCGGAGUUUGAAGCGAGCGAAGGGCACGGCUACAGCCGUGAGAUCUCCCAAGAGGCGCAGCAUGUGGCGAUCAUUGGAGAUCUUCAUGGGCAGCUCUUCAAUCUCCUUGCUUACUUGUUGAACAUCCAAACGGUUCACAAGGACAAAGGCUUCCGCCGCCUUGAGGGGUCGUCCUUGUUGUUUUGCGAUCCCCAAAUUCAGUACGUCUUCAUGGGUGACUAUGUGGACCGCGGCGAAAGAGGAGUGGAGCUGCUUCUACUUCUACUCGCCUACAAGGCUCGAUGCCCUCAAGGCCUGAUUCUCUUGCAAGGCAACCACGAGACUCCGGACAUGUGGGGCAAGUAUGGCUUCGGAAAGGAGCUGAGGCAUAAGUUGGCCAUCGGAAGAAACCACAUCGUGAAGGUCGUGGAACUUCUGCCCUACGUCGCGGUGGCACCUGGCAAGUUCAUGGCCUUGCAUGGCGGGAUCAGCCCACGGAUGGUGCAGAGCUGCGCAGGAAAGGCCGGCCACUUUGGGGACUGCCUCGAUGCGGGGACUGCCCAGACGACAGUGUGGGCCGAUCCUCAUGAUGGCAGGGGCUGGAUUGCUUCUCCGAGGGGUCCAGAGAUCUACAAGUUUGGCAUGGACGUCGCCAAGCUCUUCUUGCAGUCCAAUGACCUGAAGGCCAUCUUUCGCGGACAUGAACAAGUGCAGACAGGCUACACGGCCAAGGAGCUCGAUGGAUAUAUUGUGGCGACGGUGUUCUCCGCUGCAGACUACGUGGGUCUCUUCUGCGAGGGCGGGCGCAUACCUUCAUUUGACCGGGAGAUGUUCUCCUACCCUGGCGAAGGUAAUGAGGGCGCCUAUGUGAACUUCGACUUGGCAGAAGGCGCAAUCCACAAUGUGAGGAUGUCCGGAUCGGUCACUAGACAGCUGGCGGCAAGGUUCACGGGCGCUACUUGCCGCUACAGCCUCUUGCAAGGAGGGACAAGCACCAACGCUCGCAAGAGUGGCCUGGAUCGCUUCAUCCGGGAGAGUCACGAGCGCCUGGCUGAGAGCAACUCCUCCUGUAGCCUGUCGGAGGCAGAGGCGCAGUCUUUCAAAGAGAACGUUCGCAACAUCCUGACGUCCUCCAAGGAUCAGGAGGAUCAGGAGUUCGAGGCCCGAAAGUUGGUCGACUUGCAGGGGGAGGCCUUGGUCCAUGGCGAGGUGGAGAUGUGCAAGAGCCGGAAGAAGGACCUCAUCACCCUGGAAGUCUACAAUGCCCUGCGAGGCCCUGAUGAAGAUAUCUUGGAGAAAGACAUCCAGACGCGGGAGCACGAGGAGAGUGAGCUGGAAGAUGAAAGCACGCCGUAG